AUGCAAAUUUUUGUGAAAACAUUAACAGGAAAAACUAUAACUCUUGAUGUCGAACCAUCCGAUACUAUUGAAAAUGUUAAAGCAAAAAUUCAAGAUAAAGAAGGUAUUCCCCCUGAUCAACAAAGAUUAAUUUUUGCUGGAAAACAAUUAGAAGAUGGCAGAACAUUAUCUGAUUAUAAUAUUCAAAAAGAAUCAACCUUACAUUUGGUUUUAAGAUUAAGAGGUGGUAUGCAGAUUUUUGUAAAAACAUUAACUGGAAAAACCAUAACUCUUGAUGUCGAACCAUCCGAUACUAUUGAAAAUGUUAAAGCAAAAAUUCAAGAUAAAGAAGGUAUUCCCCCUGAUCAACAAAGAUUAAUUUUUGCUGGAAAACAAUUAGAAGAUGGCAGAACAUUAUCUGAUUAUAAUAUUCAAAAAGAAUCAACCUUACAUUUGGUUUUAAGAUUAAGAGGUGGUAUGCAGAUUUUUGUAAAAACAUUAACUGGAAAAACCAUAACUCUUGAUGUCGAACCAUCCGAUACUAUUGAAAAUGUUAAAGCAAAAAUUCAAGAUAAAGAAGGUAUUCCCCCUGAUCAACAAAGAUUAAUUUUUGCUGGAAAACAAUUAGAAGAUGGCAGAACAUUAUCUGAUUAUAAUAUUCAAAAAGAAUCAACCUUACAUUUGGUUUUAAGAUUAAGAGGAGGUUGCUAA